AUCUUGCUCUUUGGGUGCUUGCUGCAGCUCCCACCACAAAAGCCACCCCCAUUCAUUUCAUACCACCAUCAUAUCAUACCUCAAAGAGCUGUAAAAGCACAAAGCAGAGCCAAGCUAGAAAUGUGCUCAAAAGAACCCAUCCCUUCCCAAUAUUCCACAUUCCGUUCCCCAACAGCCCCCAAAAGUCCACCAUAGCUACUAUAUGGUUGCUAAGCAGCAAAAGCAGCUUGCUGAUACCCAAAUCAUUCAUAUACAACUAAAGGAGGUAGCAUAGCAUAGGACAACCCUCCCAAGUUAUGCUCCUUAGACCAACUAAAUCUUAUAUUCCUGAACUUGCUCGCCCAGAUUCUUUCAUUCGGCCACAAGUUACCGAAGAACAUCUGUCGCCGCGCGCAUCACUGGAGGAUUAGCAUUUAGCAGGCGGCAUUGGUUUCUGCAGUUUGUUCUUGCUCAUUUGUUUACUGCAGAGAGGCUUCUUUUUUUUUUCUCUUCUUGCAAUAUAUGCUACUAGUAUUUAAGGUGAGAGGGAAAGCUUGGAAGCAAGGAAUGGCUUGCAACUGACUGGAGAAUGAGGUGGCACACCGUGGCAGUGAGGAGGAUCAGAGACUAGAAGCUUGCCCUGUUUUUCUUCAUCAUCUUCUUCUUCUUCUGCCAUUGUUAGCGUAGGCGCAUCGAUCGAAUCGAUCUUGUUUCAGUUUGGUCUUCUGCUGUCCAAGAGGUUCAGUUCAGUCCAGUUGCUUGCUGUUUUCGAUCUUGGUUGGUGGUGUUUGUUCCUGCUGAAGGGGACCUUGAGUAAAUCGACAGGCUCCAAUGCUACUGUUUGGAAGAAAAAGACUGCUCCCUGCACUGUCAGGCUGUGUGGUUCUCUUGCUUGUAAACCCAAUCCAUGGCGCUUCAGAUAACUCAGCCGAUCCAAAUCAAAGAGACAAUGCUAUGCAGCCAUUGGAGCUGACGCCCAGACUCUCGCUGCAACUGAAGCUCCACGCCUUCCUGCUCUGGUCAUCUGUCGGCUUCCUGAUGCCCAUUGGAGUCCUUCUUAUCAGGGUCUCGAGCAACGUCAGAAGCCCGAAAACCGCCAAGGCCCUGUUCUACUGCCAUGUCGCCUCACAGAUGGCCGGCGUGAUCCUGGCGACGGCCGGCGCGGCUCUGUCGGUGAAGAACUUCGAGAACGCCUUCGACAACGCGCACCAGAGGGUCGGGCUGCUCCUCUAUGGCCUCCUCUGGCUCCAGCCGCUCAUCGGCUUCCUCAGACCGGACAGCAGGGGAUUGAAGGUGAGGAGCGUGUGGUACUUCGGGCACUGGUUCCUGGGGAUAACACUGUGCGUGGUGGGAGUGGCCAACGUGUACACGGGCCUCCACGCGUAUAAGGAGAGAACCGGCCGGAGCGUGAAGCUCUGCACGGCGCUCCUGACUGUCGAGGUCUCGGGCAUGGCGCUCGUGUACCUCGUCCAGGACAGGUGGGACCACGUCGUGCGGCAGCGGCGGCGGCGGCAGGAGGAAGAAGAAGAAGCCGGCGGCGAUGAGCGGUCGUCGUCGGAGGGGGCGGCGUACCCGGCCAAUGAUCAUAAGGAGGUCGCCGUCGUGGUGCCGUAGGGACGACGAUGAUGGUGAUGAGAGAUUUGUGUGUCUUAGGGAAGGCAUGAUCUUGGAUUGGAUGGUGUGUUCUGAUUAGUGGCUGGUUGAUUGAAGCUGCCAUUGUGUGAUUGGACAGCUUGCUUUUCAAGAGUAGAUCAUAGAUGUAUAGAUGAUAUAUACAGGAAUUUAUAAGAGCGAACAUUCGCCCUUUCGUCUCAUGGAACGAACAUGGUUAAACCAAUUAAUAAAGCCCCAAACGGCCGGAUCA